CAUCCAUCCGUCCGUCCGUCUAUCUUCCCCUCUCCUCACAUCAUCGACUGACUCCCCAAAGUCUGGUGGUGAGCGCGGCGCGGCUCGAAGUAUACCCAACAUGCCUGGCAAAACAUCCACCUCCCUGCCCCGCAUCACCAAGUUCACCAACUGCCGUAUCGUCAAGGGACUUGACCUCGUCGAGCAGGACGUAUGGAUUGAUUCAAUCUCUGGGAAGAUUCUUAAGGAUCAGGAGGCCUUUUAUGGAUUACAUCUCUCCCCCGAUAAGGUCAUCGACCUUGGCGGCCGCAUCUUGGCUGCCGGCCUUAUCGAUGUACAGUUGAAUGGUGCUCAGGGCUUCGACUUCUCCGUUCCCCAGGCCUCAAAAGAACUGUACGAUGAAGGUUUGCGGGCCGUCAACAAAGGUCUUGCCAGGACGGGGGUGACUUCAUACCUCCCGACGGUAGUCAGCUCUACUCCCGAAGUCUACUGGCAGGUACUUCCAUCGCUAGGUGCUUCUGGAAAGAGCCAUCGCGCCGAGGAUGGCGCGGAGUCGCUAGGCGCUCAUGUCGAAGGUCCAUUCAUCAGCACUGGCCGUAAUGGCGUGCAUAAGACCGAAGUUCUUCGUGCAGCAACAUGCUUCGAAGAUGUCAUCGCUUGCUAUGGCAAAGAGAACCUCACCGGCCCAUCCAAAUCAGUUCGCAUGAUCACAGCAGCUCCUGAAGUCGGAGACAUGCUGCCGAACAUUCCCUCCCUCACAUCAGAGGACAUCAUCUACUCCAUUGGCCACUCAGACGCAACGUAUGAGCAAGCCCUUACCGCCACCCAGCAAGGCGCCACCAUGAUCACCCAUCUUUUUAACGCAAUGCGCCCCUUCUAUCACCGGAACCCCGGUAUCUUCGGCCUCCUAGGGCAGAAUGAAUGCCCGCGACCAUUCUACGGCGUCAUCGCCGACGGCAUCCACCUGCAUCCCACCUCGAUCCGCAUUGCCUACAACGCCCACCCCGACGGCCUCAUCCUCGUCACUGAUGCCAUGAAGCUAUGCGGUCUCCCCGACGGUAUCUACGACUGGACCAAUGGCGAGCGCAUCAUCAAAAACGGCGCCCGGCUGACCCUCGAGGGCUCGGACAAGAUCGCCGGCAGCUCAGCCACCCUCAUUGAGUGUGUCAACAAUUUCCGUCGCUGGUCAGGCGCCUCCACGGCCGAGGCUCUGAACGCAGCUUCCGCCACCCCCGCGCGCCUCUUGGGUUUACAGGGCGUCAAGGGGUCCCUGGAGAGUGGCGCGGAUGCGGACUUGCUUGUGCUGGAUGAUGAGGAGGACCCCUUCUCGGGCCCCACGUUGACUGUGAGACAAGUCUGGAAGCGCGGAGUCAAGAUCUAUGAUACCGGCAAAUAAUAUGCAGCGUCUUUUGAAUUGCGCACAUACUGUCUGAACGAGUUAUGCGCUGCAGAAAUUGUUUGGUUGUUACUCAUUCAUGCGUUACGCUCGAAAUUCGAUCUUUCUAGCAGGCU